UUGGGAGUUGCCGGGUUUCUGAGGGGAUUGCUCUGUCGCUGCAGUGCUGGCCCAAAAGGAGACAACAUCUAUGAGUGGAGGUCCACCAUCCUGGGACCGCCGGGCUCCGUCUACGAGGGAGGGGUCUUCUUCCUGGACAUCGCCUUCACACCAGACUACCCCUUCAAACCCCCGAAGGUUCCGAUGAGGUGUUUGUGUCCAAAGCUGGAGGUGACCGAGACCCGUCUCGUUUUCACCCGCGGCUCAAUAACCUGA